CGUCCGGAUCCGCUUUAAAACCGCGACCACCUCUGCUUCUCCCCUUCUCUCUCCUCCCUCCUCCCAUGUCAACGGCGGCCACCCCCCUCCUCCUCCACCUCCACCUCUAGAGAGAGAAAGCCCUCGGCCGCCGCCGCCGUGUUCUUCGUCGUCGUCGUCUUCUUCUUCUGCGGAUUGUGGUGCUCGGUUUGGUCGGUGAGUUUGGGUGGCUGGCGAUGGCAUUCGCGGGGGACGCGCGGAUCGUCGUCGUGGCGGUGGCGGCGUUCGUCCUCGUUGGCGUGGCGGUGGAGGGGAAGGGGGAGGGGGGAGGAGGAGGAGGGGUGGGGGUGUGCUUCGAGAGGAUAUUCAGCUUCGGGGACUCGCUGACGGACACCGGCAACUUCCUGCUCUCCGUGCCGGAGGACUUCCCGGACCCCGCCCGCAGCCUCCCCUACGGCCAGACCUUCUUCGGCCGCCCCUCCGGCCGCUACUCCGACGGCCGCAACCUCCUCGACUUCUUCGCGGAAGCAUUUGGUCUGCCGUUCGUGCCGCCGUACCUGGCUGGCGGCGACUUCCGGCAAGGCGCAAAUUUCGCGGUCGGCGGCGCCACCGCCCUCAACGGAUCAUUCUUCCGGGACCGCGGCGUGGAGCCGACAUGGACGCCGCACUCCCUCGAUGAGCAGAUGCAGUGGUUCAAGAAGCUACUCACUACUGUCUCCUCGUCAGAGUCCGAACUCAAUGAUAUCAUGACCAAGUCACUUUUCCUUGUGGGAGAGGUAGGCGGAAAUGAUUACAACCAUCUAAUUGUCAGGGGGAAAUCUCUAGAUGAGCUACACGAGCUUGUUCCUAAGGUUGUCGGUACCAUAACCUCAGCUAUCACGGAGCUCAUAAACCUUGGAGCAAAGAAACUAGUUGUUCCAGGAAACUUUCCAAUAGGCUGUGUACCAUUGUAUCUCUCAAUCUUUCCAAGCCAAAAGGAAGACUACUAUGAUGAGAAAACAGGGUGCAUUAAAUGGUUAAAUGAAUUCACCGAGUACCAUAAUCGAUUGCUUCAGGAGGAGCUGGAGAAGCUCAGGAAUCUUUACCCCGAUGUAUCCAUCAUUUAUGCUGAUUAUUAUGGUGCUGCAUUGAAUAUAUUCCUUGCCCCACUCCAGUUUGGUUUCACUGUCCCGCUGAACUCGUGUUGUGGAAGUGAUGCUCCAUACAAUUGUUCUCCGUCAAUAUUGUGCGGGCACCCUGGGUCUGUGGUCUGCUCUGACCCAUCAAAGUACACUUCAUGGGAUGGUCUCCACUUCACGGAGGCAACCUACAAGAUUAUCAUUCAAGGGGUGCUAGGGUCAUAUGCCAACCCUCCUCUUUCAGAAACUUGUCGGGGUGGAGCAUACAAAGUCUCACAACUUCAUCAAUGUACAGAUAACCCAACAAACACUGUAACGUAUGAUUCUAUGAGCUCUUUUAUUUGAUCCUCUGAGCUCUAGGGCAUGUAGAGUAUUAAGGAGCAAUAUAGAUAUAACAGGCCCCAUCCCCUUGGACACUUCUCAAAGGUGAGAAGAGCAUUGGUUGGGGAUCUUUGUACUUCUCAAAUCCAUUUUUCUGCUACAGGUAGAAAAGAGAUUUUGUAGAGCAGAAAUUUGCAAUUGCCAUGUCCAUGGCUUUGCCCAACCCAUUUAGUUUCUCAGAAAUUUACUGCAACGGGAAACAGAAAGUACACCGUAUAGUUUUUCUUUUAGUAUGGUCAGGUUGCCAUGCUAUAUAGUAUACUCUAUAUAGGAAACAAGGUUCAUGAUUCAUCUCCAAAAGGACAAUGUAUUCAGUACUGUAGGCCUAAUUUCCUUACAACAAAAGCGUAUACUUGAUGCUUGCUUGUUCAGCA